ACGCCCCUCGAAGAGAGACAUGGAAAGCAUUAUUCUCAAGUAUCGGAUAUGCCAAAAGCAGUGGGUCAGUUUGUUUUCGCCAUGCUGUUCUCUCACCUCUGGGAUAUGAAAACGCGUUAUUUAAAGGUCUAACCGAAGAUAUAAAUUGUGAUGGAGCAUCUGCACUUCAUCUAUGGCAAAACCCCGAUAAUCUCAAAACUGCACGUCUAUCUGAGUUUGGAGAGAUGAUCAGAGCAGCUUUUGAGUUACCCUUAAACCAACACCAUGUAAGGAAACCAACCUCUGGUCACAAUGUCCUUUUCGUUCGCCGGGAAGAUUAUUUAGCUCAUCCUCGCCAUGGUGGCAAAGUCGAAUCAAGGCUUACUAAUGAAGCAGAGGUAUUUAACUCUCUGAAGAUCUGGGCAUCUGGCUACCAAGGAUGCAAAAUCAACCUUGUGAAUGGAUUGUUUGCGCAUAUGCCUAUGAAAGAACAGGUCCAAGCCAUUCAAGAUGCAUCAGUAAUCAUUGGUGCUCAUGGUGCUGGUCUUACUCACAUCGUAUCCGCAUUGCCUAAAACUGUGAUUCUUGAGAUAAUUAGCAGCCAGUUCAGGCGUCCACAUUUUCAGUUGAUCUCCCGAUGGAAAGGACUGGAGUAUCAUGCUAUAAAUCUUUCCGGUUCAUAUGCAAAUCCGCAGGAUGUUAUCAGUGAGCUGAGCAGGAUAAUGAGAAGCCUUGGAUGUUAAGGGUUUUGGUUGUUUUGGACCAGAACUUUUGAUCUCUUUACUCAGCGGAUGGUAUCAGUUUUGCUUGUGGUAGAGCUAUACCUACUAUGUGUACUUGGGAAUAUAC